AUGAAUCUUCUAUGUCUGCUCUCCCCACUGCAUGAAAGGAAACUCUUAGAGAUUAGGCAUUUUGUCUGGUUUCCGUCCCCCUUCGCCCCCAAAAAAGAGCUCUUGUGGUGCAUAGUAGGAACUCAGUUUUGUUUGUCAGUGGACCUUCCUCCUCCUCCCCCCACAGGUGCUGCCAGUGUGGCCAGGGCCUGGAGCUCCGCCUUCGACGACUUCAUUGGGAACCAGGUCUCUCAGCUCCUGAAGGGAGGUUUCUCUCUGCAGGUGCCCCACGUGCUGGCCACAUACCUGGACUUCUUGGCGCUGGGUCUGGUGCUGCUGCUUACUGGACUUCUGGCCCUGGGAGCUAGUGAGUCGGCCCUGGUUACCAAGGUGUUCACGGGCGUGAACCUUUUAGUUCUUAGUAUUGUCAUCUUCUCUGGCUUCAUGAAGGGAGAUCUGCACCAUUGGCAGCUCACCGAAGAGGAUUACAAACUGGCCAUGUCAGCAUCCAAUGACACUUCUAGCUUGGGCCCUCUGGGCUCUGGAGGCUUUAUGCCUUUUGGCUUUGAGGGGAUUCUCCAUGGAGCAGCGACAUGUUUCUAUGCAUUUGUUGGUUUUGAUUGCAUCACCACUACUGGGGAAGAAGCCCGUAAUCCUCAGCGUUCCAUCCCCUUAAGCAUCACAAUCUCGCUCUUCAUCUGUUUUUUGGCAUAUUUUGGUGUCUCGGCGGCACUCACCCUCAUGAUGCCCUACUACCAGAUUCAUCCCGGCAGCCCCUUGCCACAGGCGUUUCUCCAUGUGGGAUGGGCCCCUGCUAGAUAUGCCGUGGCUGCUGGAACCCUCUGUGCUCUUUCAACCAGCCUCCAGGGUACCAUGUUCCCCAUGCCUCGAGUGAUCUACGCAAUGGCAGACGAUGGGCUCCUUUUCCGGGGACUCACUCAGAUUCAUCCCCGCACACGCACUCCCAUCAUGGCCACCAUAGCAUCUGGAAAUUUUGCAGGUGAGACUCCACUGCAUCUUGGCUGCGGGUUCUUGGACUCAGGGGGACUGGAUGAGGAGCUAGUCCUCUUCCGCUUCAUGCUGCCUCCUAAGCAUACUACAGCACUCAGGGUAGGAAAAGGUUCUUUGCAACCUGUACCUGAAACAGGAAUCGUGCAGGCUCCGCCCAGUCUGCAUAACCCAGACAAGACCACCCCAACUCUGAAAUCUGGCCGCAUUGUCUACGCAUGCAGCUUACUGCUUGCUCUCCUGCUGAUGAUCCUGGGCCUAAUACUGGCCCAAUGGCCCAGCCACCUGCUGUCUGGAGACCCGGUGUAUACCACAGGGGCUGUGCUGCUGCUGCUGCUCAUUAUUGGGCUCACUUUCAUCAUCUGGAGACAGCCCCACAACCCCACUCCUCUUCACUUCAAGGUUCCUGCUUUGCCUGUGCUCCCACUGCUGAGCAUCUUUGUGAAUGUUUACUUAAUGAUGCAGAUGACCGCUGGGACCUGGGCCCGAUUUGGCAUCUGGAUGGUGAUGGGAUUUGCCAUAUACUUUGGUUACGGGAUCCGACACAGCUUGGAGAAGGACAGUGAUCAACAGCCACCUGCCUCAAGCUCCCAAACUCUUGGCAAAAACAUCCCUAGUGCUGAAUUAGCUUAA